AUGAAAGGUGCCGGAGAAAAGGGCUUCCUCUCUCUUUUUUUGCGUGCAAGCGGUCAUGGCGGGGCUGUGGACGACGUGUAUCUGCUGCUACUGACGGCAACGACACGACUCACACGCGACCUUCGGGAUCUCGUUUUCAGAGCGGGCAUGUCGCCUGCACGUCGUGAGGCAUGUGACAAACUUGUUGAGGACCUGAAAGAUAUUAUCAAAGAAGUGGCAGCUGUUCCUGAAGACCGCGUCGUGGGGGCCACUGGCGAACUUAAGACUCUACACGUCUUUAGUCACGGCAGCUUCGUUAUUGACACGGCCCUUUAUGACUCGGCUGUUGACAUUACGCUCGUAAAACAGGUACAUCCCUCUAUAGACUACUUUCUGCGAAGGAACGUUGGCAAUAACGGUGCGCAGAAGUUAACACAAAUAAAGGGGCUGUUAAGAGCUUCUAUAGCGAACACGGAGGCCUCUAUUCUUUUGCCGUAUCCCUCAUGCUAUUCCUUGGCGCUGCCAUUGAUGCAGGAGCAAGACUUACUGAUCAGCAUCAGGGAUGUUUUUGUCGGUCGACUGGGGCUGCAAAUAAAGCAAAAUGCCGCAUUUUGUAGCAAUAAUGCACGCACACUUCGCUUAAUUUCCCCGGCAAACCACAUUGACGUGAAUGUAACGGUUGACCGAACUGAAGCCGUAGAGGCAUCGGCAGUACUGCAGGAACUACUGAACGCCAGCAAGUCAGCACACCCCGUUAUUAUUUUCAUGAAGGUGAUUCUAAAACAAUUUAACGUUCAAUCUUCACAACUCACCCCGUAUGUCUUAACAUUGAUGGUUGUUGCCUUCUCUAAGUUUUGCUCUUACAUGUCUCCGUUGUUCAGUUUUAAUUAUUACCCGCAUCCACGCGAGACAGUUGAGCCAGGAUAUCUUUUGUUUUCCUUUCUUAGCUUCUUCAGUCCUCUUCCGCGGGGGCAAUUUGACCCAACACAGAUGUGUCUUGUCCCCAUUCACCCGCACGGUGUUGUUUACGAGACGAACGAAGGGGAUCAUUUGUCGCAAUUGGGUAAGAACGUUGGCGGUAUUUAUUGGCGUGUCAUGGAGCCAACAAAGCGUGGUGACAACGCCGCCGCCUCGUGUGUAUUGAUUGAUAAAUGUCGUGACUUGUUUGAGCGUAUUCUUGUCAUUUUGCUUCACCACUACACUGGUGUUGUCUUUACUUGUCCAGUGUUUGUUGACGAUGCCCAUGCACAAAUUGUAGGUGCAGAGGAAGUACCGAAGACGGAGAAGAUUCCCAUCGACAAUCACCUCAUAUCUCUUUUGCUUCGGGAUUGGUGGCUCAAGAAACAAAGUGAGUCCGUCUAG